UAGGCAGGUAAACGCACACGUCAUUUCUGGGCAUGUAACAAUAUGCUUUCAUUCCUUUCCAGCAUUUCUUUUUGCACUGUGGUAUAGACAAAAAAAGAUUGCGGCUGUUGUAGAGGAGGAGCCUAGGACUGUGCAGAUGUUUCAAGAUUCUGCUAAGUUACAUCGCUUACACAUCCCUCCUGCAGGGAGAAAGUCACCACUUUUAAAGGACCUUGAGAUUGGACACAAACGCUACCUUUAUAGCAUCAUGAGUACGUACGAUACCAGCAGCCAGCACAUACGUCUCCAUGAGAAGUAUGCUGCGAACCUUGAACACCAAAGUAUGUUAGGUUACCUAACUGCAAAAGAAACAAGACAAUACAUGUCCUGCCUGAGACUUGGCAACAAGACACACAAUGGUAACUUGGUCAACAGGAGACAUAAUGGCAACUUGGUCCAGAGCCCUUAUUUAAACAAACAAGCACAAAGAGGCAAUAAGCAAGUGAGGAACAAGACAAGCACGGUGUCAGCAUUAUCUUCCUCAACUCUUCGUACUAGUGGAAAGAAGGAAUAUCAGUGAUGGACCUACCAGGCAUUAAUAGAAGAGGACCUAUUCUAAUAAAUCUAUUACAACAGGGAUAUAGCAUUCCUGGAGGGACAAGAAUAACUUUAUAAUCAAAAGAAAACACAGAACCUGUCCAAAAAUAAUCUUCGCUAUUAAUGCUUGAUUUAAAUCCCUAGGGAAUAUUAUGCCACGCAACAUGAUCACAGGUUAUUCUUUUCAACUGUUAAUCACAUUGUAAUGGUAUAAAAAGGUAUACAGUAUAACUAUGUACUUUUUAGUGGGUUAAAAGAUUAUUAAUGCAGCCUUUGGAAAUGCUGUCAUUAAUACAUUUCUUCAGAAGUGUUAAGCCUCUUUUGGUAUGUGAUUGGAUUUUAUCAGAUCAAAAACCUGUACUUGUCAGAGCCUUUUCACAGUUUUGAAUACUCAGUACGUGUAUUUCUUGACUGUUUUAUUCUCUUGGUAACUGAUUCGUACACAUUGUUUUCUAUGGUUUAUAUAUCUUUUACAUAAUUCCACAGAA